AUGAAUCUCCAAGGUAAUGACAUUGGAGAUAUUGGAGCACAACAUUUGGGUGAUGGAUUACGACAUAAUACAACACUCACCACAUUGAAUCUGCAAUGGAACAACAUCGGAGGUACUGGAGCACAAUAUUUGGGUAAUGCAUUACGACAUAACACAACACUCAUCAUACUAGAUCUUUGGGGGAAUAGAAUUAGAGAUAUCGGAGCAAAACAUUUGGGUGAUGCAUUACAACACAACACAACACUCACCACACUGAAUCUCCAAUGGAAUAAAAUCGGAGAUACUGGAGCACAACAUUUGGGUAAUGGAUUACGAAACAACACAACACUCAUGACAUUGAAACUCCAAGAGAAUAAAAUCGGAAGUACUGGGGCACAAUAUUUGGGUGAUGCAUUACAGCACAACAAAACACUCACCACAUUGAAUCUCCAAGGGAAUAAAAUUGGAGAUAUUGGAGCACAACAUUUGGGCAAUGGAUUACGAGACAACAACACACUUACCAUACUAGAUCUCCAAUGUAACCAAAUUGGAGAUAUUGGAGCACAACAACUGGGCGAUGGAUUGGUAGACAACACAACACUCACCACACUGGAUGUUCGCGAUAAUGGAAUUGGACUUUACGGUAUAGUUCAACUGAGUACGAUUGUUCGCCGCAAUAAUAGAAAAGGACGAGGAUCGUGA